UGUGUUGCCAUCCCAAGCCUUGAUCCACCCCUAUCACAUUCUCUUUCUUUCCCCUAGAUUUCAUGGUAGAUUCUCUCUCUAUCUUCUCCAUUAAUAACCUUCUAUUUCUCAUUUUCCAAAUGUUUUCACCCUUCACUCCCUCACUAUUACUACUGCUACUACUACAUAAGAACCCACCCACAAACCAUUUUCUAUACUACUGCUACUCCUCUAUGUGAAACAACACAACAAAUAAAACAUGGACUUAAUUAUCUAUCUUUUCCUCUCUUUCUCCAUCUCUCUUAUCACCUUUCUUCUCCUCCGGGCAGCGGCGGCCGCCCAUUUUCGCCGCCGUAAAAUCCGUCUCCCGCCGGGAACACUCGGCCUCCCUUUUAUCGGAGAAACCCUCCAGCUAAUCUCCGCCUAUAAAACCGAAAACCCGGAGCCGUUCAUCGAUGACCGGAUUGCUAAAUACGGCAAUAUUUUCACCACCCAUGUAUUUGGUGAACCGACGGUUUUCUCGACUGACCCGGAGACGAACCGGUUCAUUUUGCAGAAUGAAGGCCGGCUCUUCGAAUCUAGCUAUCCGAGUUCGUUACAGAAUUUGCUAGGAAAGCAUUCGUUGUUGCUUAUGAGAGGCAGUCUUCAUAAAAGAAUGCAUUCUUUGACCAUGAGUUUUGCUAAUUCUUCCAUUCUUAAGGACCAUUUGUUGGCCGAUAUAGACCGGUUGGUUAGGCUUAAUUUGGAUUCCUGGACCGGUCGUGUCUUCCUCAUGGAAGAGGCCAAGAAGAUAACGUUUAAUCUAACAGUGAAGCAGCUGAUGAGUUUAGAUCCAUGCGAGUGGACAGAGAAGCUGAUGAAAGAGUACAUGCUUGUGAUUGAAGGCUUCUUCACCAUUCCUUUGCCCUUCUUCUCUUCUACCUACCGCAAGGCCAUUCAAGCGAGAAGGAAGGUGGCGGAGGCGUUGGGAUUAGUGGUAAGAGAGAGGAGAAAAGAGAGAGAAGGAGAAGGAGGAGAGAGAUUAAAGAAUGAUAUGUUGGAGGCGUUGUUUGAAGGGGACGGCGUAGAAGGAGAUGGAUUUUCGGAUGAGGAAAUAGUGGAUUUUAUGCUGGCUUUGCUUGUGGCUGGCUAUGAAACUACCUCUACUAUUAUGACCCUUGCUGUCAAAUUCCUUACUGAGACACCCCAUGCUCUUUCCCUCCUCAAGGAGGAGCACGAGGAGAUCAGGUUAAAAAAAGGUAAAGUUGAGUCUCUACUGUGGGAAGACUACAAAUCCAUGCCCUUCACUCAAUGUGUUGUUAAUGAAACUCUACGAGUUGGUAACAUAAUUAGCGGAGUAUUCAGGAGAACUAUGACCGAUAUCAACAUCAAAGGUUAUACUAUUCCAAAAGGUUGGAAGGUUUUUGCUUGUUUCCGAGCUGUUCAUCUAGAUCAUGAACAUUUCAAAGAUGCCCGUACAUUCGAUCCGUGGAGGUGGCAGAGUAAUGCAGGAUCAACAAGCUCACCUAAUGUAUUCACACCAUUUGGCGGAGGACCACGGCGUUGUCCUGGUUAUGAGCUUGCUAGAGUAGAGCUGUGUGUUUUCCUUCACCAUUUAGUGACUCGUUAUAGUUGGGUUCCGGCUGAACCAGAUAAAUUAGUUUUCUUCCCGACGACAAGGAUGCAGAAGCGAUAUCCAAUUAUCGUCCAACGUCGAAGCUUGUUUGACCCAUGUAAAGAAUGAGGCAUCCGUGUUAGCAGAGAGGAGAAGAGAGGAGUAGAAAGGCACCUGAGAUUGUAGGAAGCAAAGUGGUAGUGAAUGAAAUUGCAUGAAAAUUAAUAAGACAAUGGUAUAUAGGUCGAGCAUAUACAUAGGAAAUUAAAUUAUUUUGUAGUGAAUUGAGACAGAAGUCACAUUCCUUUGCUAUGAAUGAAAGGGAAAUCAGGAAGAUUUUAUUUGUUGGUUUAUUUA